AUAAACAAAAACAGUUGGAACUAUCUAUCCAGUUGAUUCACACGAUUAAGAAAUUCGACAAAAACAGUCCUGAUGCAUACCAUGUACAUGAACAAUAUAGUGAAGGACGAACAUCAAUCUCACGGAAGAUUUUGUGAACUUGACGACGAUUACGAACACGCAGAUGAUAGUGCUGAAUACAUAAUUGAAAAUGUCCUAAUGGAAAAACCGUCUCAUGGAAUAAGUAAAUCGUUUGAAGACCUUUCAAAUCUUUACAACUCAUUCUACGACUCGCAUUGUAACUGUGUCGGGACAACGGAAAACUGCAGAGAUUACCAGACAUGUUAUCACGGAGGAUGUUACUCGACAUUCGCUGGAGACUCCAACACAACUGAGUUGAUUUUAAACAAACAAAGAAAUGUGAAAGACCUGCUGUACGAAUGCAAUGGCCAAUGUUCCUGUUCACUCAAUUUUUGUACAAAUCGACGAGUUCAACUGGGACCGAGAAAAAAAUUAAAAAUUGUAAAAGCAACGAGACUCAGCAAUCAAUUUGCGCUGACCACGGAACAAUGUAUCCCAGAGGGUGGCUUUAUUUGCGAAUAUGCUGGUGAAGUGUUAACGGAAAGUGAGGCAUUAAAUCGAAAUGUACGGAAUCGAGAUCGAAAACUAAAAAAUUAUUUGAUUUGUUUAAAUGAAUAUCCUACAAGUCACGGCAGUACUACGUCCCAGGGCAUUCAGACAUUCAUCGACGCGGGUAUUAAGAGUAACAUUGGCCGAUAUUUAAAUCACAGCUGUGAUCCGAACUGUGAAAUUCUUAGUGUUCGGAUUGACGGGCCCGUUCCGAAAUUAGCCAUCUUUGCACGAAAAGACAUAUUUGCUGGAGAAGAAUUAUGUUUUGACUAUGGUGACGUGAAAAGUAAGUUGAGUGACAUGCAACAGUGUCUUUGUGGUACAUCGAAAUGUAGAAAAUAUUUUUGAAUGAACGAAAAUUGAUAGUAUUUCCACCAAAAUGUUUCGUUUCAAUUCAAGGUAACAAAGGAUUUUCAUAUGCCUCUACGAUUCUAUCUUUCGAAAAUGAUUAGGUCAUUUAUCAAAGAGUUAUUUUUCAAUUCUUUUCUCUAAGAAUUAGGUAAAAAAUGAACAUUUUCAAAUAAAGUGAAGCGAACAAUUUUGU